CGUGCGCGCAAACGGCUGCCUUUCGGCGGCACACGUGGUUGUGUUCAUCGCAUCACUCCCAACGUAAGACCGUGCAAAAGGGGCUGCGUGUCGUCGCGCGGCAAGGGUGCUGGGCACACAUAUACGACCUGUGCACUGCCAGGGUGCAGAGGCCGUCGAACCGACGCCAGGAUGGCCGAACUCGGAGCAGCAGCGGUGGUGCGCUCCAUGCUCCUCCCCACAAAAGUCGCCGCGCAAAGCGACACCUGGGAGACCUUCACGGACCCGGCGACGGGCUGUUCGUAUCUGUACAACCCGAGCACGGGCGAGUCGCGCUGGGCCGGCUCGGCGGCCGAGCAGGCGCGCGCGGCUUUGAGAGGUGAGCGGCCCGUAUCAGCCUCGCCGCGAGCGCCCGCGCCACCGGUCGAGCUCGAGAUGGUCUCGCCGACGAGCGCGGACGUCUUCCGGCAGAGUGAUUUUGAUGAUGGCGAGGUGUACACGGACGACAAGGCCGAGGACGCGGCGCUCGCGCGGAACUGGAAGAAGAAGGGCAUGCUGCGGACCGUCGAGCGCCACCGGCGGACUAAACUCGAAGGCUGCGACCGCGUCUGCGAUCGCAUCGCUUUGGUAAUGGAGGUGGCCUGCUGCGAGCAGCCGGCGGCGUGCCUCGAGGCGCUGUGCCGCUGCCCCGGCUACCUGCUCGGUUCCCUAUUGUUGUACGUCCUGAGCGUCCUCGUCUGUGUAAGUCGGGGCUGCGACUGCGACGCCGGCGGCCGCGUGUCGGCCAAGGCGGGCGCGUACCUGCGGGAGGGCUGCCUCUUCCUCGUGUCGGCUCUAUCGUUACUCGUCCCCGGCAUGGCCUUUGUUGUGUACAGGAAUAUGCCCCUCGACGACGACGGCGACUGGUGUAUACAACCGCUCCCCACUAUUUUUGGAAACGUGGACCCGCGGCGGUUCUGGGCCUUCUCCCUGGGUCGCUGCGCCCUCGCGGACGACGGCUUCUAUGACGCGGCCCUGGGGUCGCUCGACUCGUGGAAGGGGCCCAUCCUCCACCCGCCGCGGACCGAGGCGCCC